GCUGUAUGUGAGGGAAUGAGUUACCUUUCUUUUAUCAAAGGUCGGGGUCCUAUAUAUUCACCUUCACAAGUAAACAUUGCUAUCGGCUGUAAUUUAUUCAUACGAGUCAUUUUACUAAGAUGUUAUGUGUAAUAUCUAUAACAGUUACAUCAUUUAAUUGAUGUCUCCGCGGACGUGCAGUUGAGUCACGGGAGGACAGCAGAACUCUACUGUUUGUUUCGGUUCUAUUUUUUUUUUUUUUUUGGCAACUAAUGUGAUAAAAAAAGCAACAAUCAACGAAAAGGCUUCGUAAUAAUGUCUGAUAACGAAGAGAAACAACCACUAUUGUCUUCUGGGAGGUCAGAGAAAUAUUCUACGGAGUCUAAUGUCAAACCUAAAAAGGAAUCCCCCAAAGCGGCAACAUUUGGACAGCUGUUCCGGUAUGCUGGCGCAUUUGACCGCUUCCUGAUCCUUAUAGGGAGUAUAUUUGCUAUCGUGGUCGGCGGAGGAUGGCCAGUACUUUCCAUCAUUUUCGGAGAACUGACCGACACAUUCGUCUCGGGACCGGGAGGAAUGGAGUUGAUCUGUAUCAAUGGGAGCAUCGCUGUCAACGUGACAGGAAACACGACGGGAAACUCCUCCUCGGCGGAUGACUUCAACGACAAGAUGUCCACCUACGCCUUCUACUACCUGUAUCUCUCCGCCAUUGUCCUGGUGGCUGGAUACUUCCAGAUUAUGUGCUGGACAACGGCCUGCGAAAGACAAGUCCAUACCAUUAGAAAAAGUUUCUUCCGGUCUAUAAUCCGACAAGAAAUAGGCUGGUUCGACAAACAUCAGAGCGGAGAAUUGACAACUCGACUGGCGGAUGAUAUCGGGAAAAUCAAAGACGGACUGGGAGACAAGUUCAGCUUCACGCUGCAGUACACCGCCCAGUUUUUAUCGGGGUUUGCUAUCGGGUUUUGGAAGAGCUGGAAAAUGACACUUGUUAUGAUGUCGAUUACACCCAUUCUGGCCGUCAGCGCUGGGGUUUUCUCUGUGUUUAUUAGGAACUAUACCAAGAGAGAGCAGGAGUCGUACGCAGGCGCCGGAAGUGUAGCAGAGGAAGUACUCUCCUGCAUCCGUACCGUCAUCUCAUUCAACGGACAGCGACAGGAACAAAUCAGAUAUGAGAAGGAGCUGACGGAGAGCAAGAGAAUCGGGAUCCGUAAGACCGUAGUUCAGGGUUCCAUGAUCGGCUCCAUUAUGUUCUUCAUGUUCUCGACGUACGCCCUGGCCUUCUGGUACGGAUCAGAACAAGCGAAGGAUUGGUACACUACUUUCUGUGCCACUGAGAAAGAGGGGAUAAGCCCAGGGGAAGUCCUCACGGUAUUUUUCUGUGUUAUGAUUGGUUCCUUCUCCCUUGGUAACGCUGCACCACACCUUGGCUCAAUAUUCGCCGCUAAAGGAGCUGCCGCUGUGGUCUUCGAGACAAUUGACAAUGUGCCCACUAUCGAUGGCACGUCAGACAAGGGUCAGGUGCCCGUUUCACUUAGCGGUGACAUAGACUUUGUGGGCGUAGAGUUUACUUAUCCAACACGUGAAGAGGUCAAGGUGUUGAAGAAUUUUAAUCUGAGUAUAGGCUGUGGUCAGACGGUGGCUCUGGUGGGGGCCAGCGGUUGUGGAAAGUCUACAGUGGUCAAUCUUAUCCAGAGGAUGUAUGACCCACAGAAUGGACGGGUUUUAUUGGACGGCAACGAUUUAAAAGAUCUCAACACAAAUUGGCUUCGAAACAACAUUGGUGUCGUUUCUCAGGAACCCAUUCUUUUUGGGAUGACAAUCGCCGAAAACAUCAAACUGGGAAAUCCUGAUGUCACUAUACAGGAAGUAGAGGAAGCUGCGAAGGCCGCUAAUGCCCACGAUUUCAUUCAACAACUGCCCAAUGACUAUCAGACGUUAGUAGGGGAGAGAGGGGCUCAGCUAUCAGGGGGACAGAAACAGAGGGUCGCUAUUGCCCGAGCGUUGGUCAGAAACCCGCGUAUUCUCCUUCUGGAUGAGGCCACGUCGGCCCUGGAUUCAGAGAGUGAGAAAAUUGUUCAGUCCGCGCUGGACAAGGCUCGACUUGGCCGGACAACCGUAGUAGUAGCCCACCGACUGACCACUAUCCAGAAUGCCGAUGUGAUUUAUGUGAUGGACAAAGGUGAGAUCAUUGAGUCUGGUACCCACUCCAAGCUAAUGGAGAAGGAAGAAUUCUACUACCAGCUGGUACAGGCGCAAUCUCUAGUAUACGAGGACGAUCAGAGCGUAAAUGGAGAAUUUGGUGCUGAAAAACCCGCCUAUAAACGUCAGAGGUCACGUGUGUCUACCUCAUCAGAAAAGGGAGACCACCUCGUGAAGACACAGCCAUCUGUCAAUAAAGAAACAAAAGAAGAAAAAGUGGAGGAGGUUGAAGAAGAGGAAGUUGAUAAGCCGAAGUUCUUACGGAUUCUGCGCGAGAACUUCCCCGAGUGCCCGUUCCUGAUCUUCGGUACGCUGUUUUCUGCCAUCCAAGGCUCAACCAUGCCACUGUUUGCGCUGUUUUUUGGAGAAAUGAUCAAGGUGUUUAUCGACAUAAAUAGCUCUGAUAACGUGUUGUGGAGUAUGAUGUUCCUGGCUCUUGGCGGUCUGAAUUUCAUCUGCCACCUCUUCAUGAACGUGAACUUGGGCAUCGCUGGAGAGCGGAUGACGUUUAGAUUGCGACUGAAAACAUUUAAGGCAUACUUGAGACAGGACGCAACCUAUUUUGACGAUCCUAAACACGGAACAGGUGCCUUAACUACCAGACUAGCUACAGACGCUUCUUUGAUUCGAACGGCAACCGGAUUUCGGAUAGGCACCAUUUUGUCCUCCAUUGUGAGUCUGGUAGCGGCCCUGGUUAUAGCAUUUUACUAUGGCUGGAAGCUGGCGCUUGUUGUCCUGGGAGGAGUUCCUAUACUUAUGUUAUCAAGUAGUUUACAGAUCAAAGUCGUGAUGGGAAAACACAAAGAUGACCAAAGUAAGCUGGAGGAUGCUGGCAAGAUCGCCAGCGAGACAAUAGAAAACAUCCGGACAGUGCAGUCCCUGACAAGAGAAAAAUAUUUCUACAAACUCUAUUCAGAUCAUUUAGAGAGUCCAUUAAGGUCCAACCUAAAACAAGCUCAGAUCUACGGGUUUGCCUACGGCUUCUCACAGUGCGUUGUGUUCGCAAUGUACGGCGGUGCCUUCCGAUUUGGGGCGUGGCAAGUGAGCCUGGGGGAAAUGGCGCCCGAAAACGUCUACAAGGUCUUUUUCGCCAUAGCUUUUACUGGAAUGACGAUCGGACAGGCAAGUUCGUUUUUACCGGAUUAUUCUAAAGCCCAACAUUCAGCAGGCCUGAUAUUUAAAGUUCUGGAUACUAUACCCGGGAUCGAUGUAUACUCACCACGGGGAACAUACCUGAACAAUGUAGAGGGUCGAAUCGUCUUUAAGAACGUGUCUUUCUGCUAUCCCAUGAGGUCAGAGGUGCGUGUCCUGAAGUCUCUCAGCCUCACGGUGGAGCCUGGACAGACGGUAGCUUUGGUGGGACCGAGUGGGUGUGGUAAAUCCACUACUAUCUCAUUGCUUCAACGGUUUUAUGACGUCAAAGAUGGUGAAAUAAAUGUUGACGGAGUUGAUAUCCGGAACUUAAACCUCUCCCGUCUGCGUUCCUUCAUCAGUGUUGUCAGUCAGGAACCGGUUCUAUUUGACUGCAGCAUUCGGGAAAAUAUCUCAUAUGGCGUAGAUUUUGAUGUGGGGAUGGAUGACAUCAUCGAAGCAGCAAGAAAAGCAAAUAUACACGAGUUCAUCACGCAACUUCCUGCGGGCUAUGAGACAGUAGUCGGAGAGAAAGGCACCCAGUUGUCCGGAGGGCAAAAACAGAGAGUGGCCAUAGCGCGUGCAAUCGUGCGUAAUCCAAGGAUAUUACUUCUCGACGAGGCAACAUCAGCACUUGACACGGAAUCUGAAAAGCAAGUCCAGGAGGCUCUGGAUACUGCCCAAGAAGGUCGGACAUGCAUUGUGAUAGCCCACCGUCUUUCAACAAUACAGAAUUGUGAUGUAAUCUAUGUCAUUGAUGAUGGACAGGUGGUGGAAAGCGGCUCUCAUCAGGCGCUGUUAUCAUUGAAGGGAGUUUAUUCAUCUCUAGUCAGCGCUCAACAAUUUACAAAAUAGACAGACGUGUUUAAAGACGAAACCGAGGUUAAGAAACAACGAAUGCAAAACUCUACAACGUACAGUUAUUUUGAAUUAUGCCUUGGUGGAAGGAAUGGAGAGGUUGAGAAAGUAAUACGUGAGAACAAAUGUUUGUUGUGUGGAAUUGUAUUACAAUCCAGUUUGCUGUGAGCAAAUAUAGACACAUUUUUUAUAUUUCAUUUGCAUUGUAUAUUAUUUUGUCAAUAAAAGUGUUUUAGUCCUUGAAA